CUGUCUGUCGAUUGGCUUGGGGGGGAGGGGAGGGAUACGCAGCCAUCUAAGUGCAAAUGGUUGAACUGGAGACUGAAUUAGACCCAUGUGACAUCUACUGGAUAGAAUAUCAACAGAUUUUUCUGUAUCGCAUUAGUGAACUGACUGGAGUGCUAAUGCUUAUAUAGGCAUGUCUAGCAUCUAGCCUCUGCCAUGACUGUAAAAUGAGACGUAUCAGUAACAUGAAGAAAUGGCUGUCCAUAAUCUACGGUAUGCGAGUUUGACAUAUAGACAGACCUACCUCCCCAUUCUGCAGAUUAUGAUACACUAAAAUAAAUGGUGCUUAAAGUUUCAUGGGAAUCUGAGAAACGGUUCUGUAGAUAAUGUGUAAAAAGGUAUCAUUUAUGUACAGUACAUCCUUCAUUAUAUCCUCGCUGUCUGGAGAUAUGCAUCCCAAGCAGCAGUAAUUGUAGUACAGUAUUACUGUAGUUAGUUGGUCAUACAGAAAGCAGUACUACAGUUACUGUUGCAGUAGUUGUAACCGAUGUGCAUGUGCAAAUCUAGUGUUUUAAUUGGGUUUCCAAUUAAAUUGUAUGUACCGGUAGUUUGAUUUGAGCACAGGAUGUGUAUUAAUUUUACGUUAAGAAGGAAAUGUUUAAUGAUAUGUUUAAGUACUACGGUACUGUAAAACUUUAUUUUGGAUUUCUUUAACAUUGUUAGAUUUUGAAUCUCCAGGCUAGUUUGGUCUAAGCUUCUGAAAAAUACACACCAAUCUCAGCUGGUACAACAUGUAGUGUUUUUAGUAUGUUGACAUUUUCUCAUCUACAUGUACUUUUGACCCUUCAGAGCUAUUUUGGAGGGAGCAUACUGUGUGCUUUUCCCAGGAGUAGUACAGGCAGCUUGUUUAAUGGGUUGCAUACUUUUAGUAAUCUGCUGGAAACAAUAUCAGUAAGUUACUCAUAUUUUCCUAGUCUUUAAAAAAAAAAAAAAAAAAGAGCAUCAUUUAAUUGGCUGUCAGAGUUGCAACCCAAAACAAAAAUGCUAUGAAUCUGAUUUAGGCAGAGAAAUAUAUAGCAAUAUGGUGUGCAAAAGGAAACCUAGAAAUGCGUCGUCCCCACUGUACUCGUGGGUAGUAAAAAAAUAGCCUACGUUAGGAAUUUACUAAAUGAAGCCAUGAGAGCAUUAUACUAAAUUUGAGGCUUCUGUAAUGCUUUGGUAAUCAAGAUUUAUUUAUCAACCCAAAAUAUUCCUCACGUGGAUUGCAACCCUGGCCACGAGUACAGCACCUGUGUCGUUACAGGAAUGUUGCUUUUUCUGUAACAACAUGUGCUGUGUGACUUUUUGUGUUUUUUGUGUUGCUGUUUGUGUUUUUGCAGAAGGCAGCACUUUCUUACUACACUUGCUACAGUACACCAGCUGAAUAAAGAGCAAAUUCAGAGCAUUGUGAUUUUUGAUUUGCCACUGUAGUCGGCACCACACAAUCAGCCACUCAAAUGAAAAGCUUUUUACAACAGUGAUGAGUAGGGGAAGUUCGAUCCUUUACCAGUAAUGAAAGGUCUCCCGGCAGGGAACAGACAGAUUGCCACCAAGACACCUUUUUAAUGGAGUUCUUGGGACCUUGAUCAUUAAUCUCCUCAUUAAAAGCAUGCUGGGUCACGAUGAAGAGGCUGUGGUGGAUCUUGGUAAAACCAGCUCUACAAUCAGCACAAACUUUGAAAAAGAAGAACUAGAAAGCCACAGGGCGGUGUACAUCGGGGUCCAUGUCCCUCUGGGCAAGCAGAGCCGACGGAGGCACAGGCACAGGGGCCACCGGCACCACAAGAAAAGGAGAGACCGGGAUUCCGACCGGGAGGAUGGCAGGGAUUCGCCCACGUAUGACACCCCAUCUCAGCGUGUGCAGUUUAUCCUGGGAACUGAGGACGACGAUGAAGAACACAUUCCUCACGACCUCUUCACAGAGAUGGACGAGCUGUACUUCAGGGAGGGACACGAAUACGAGUGGAAGGAGACUGCAAGAUGGCUGAAAUUUGAAGAAGAUGUGGAAGAUGGCGGUGAGAGGUGGAGCAAGCCCUAUGUAGCCACCCUCCCCCUGCACAGCCUCUUCGAGUUGAGGAGCUGCAUAUUAAAAGGAACAGUCAUGCUGGACAUGAGAGCUAACUCUAUAGAUGAGAUUGCAGAUAUGGUGAUAGACAACAUGGUCGUGUCUGAGCAGCUGGAUGAGUCUGUGAGAGAGAAGGUGCGGGGGGCCUUGCUGAAGCGCCACCACCACCAGAACGAGAAGAAGCUGAGCAACCGCAUCCCCCUGGUGCGCUCCUUCGCUGACAUAGGCAAGAAACAGUCUGAUCCUCACUUGCUUGAGAGAAAUGGGGAAGGCCUGUCAGCUUCCCGUCUUUCCCUCAUUCGGACGGGUCUCUCGCCAUCCAACCCUUCUCAAAGAAGAGAAUCCCACAUUUCCCUCCUCUUGAAUUACCUCUUGCCGGGCUCCAAAGCCGCAACCCCCGCAGGUUCAGGGUCUACCACCCCCCAGACCUCCCCUAAAAACACUCCACCUUCCACCCCGGCCCUGGAGAGCCACUGCACCCUCCCUGUCUUCCAGGAUCCCGAGGUGACCUGUGUGUACGACAUUCCCAUAGUGGUGGUGUACCCACCUGAGGAGGACCUGCUUCCAGUGGAGGGGCAGGGACAGGAGGACCAUCAUCUUGAGCAACCUGAACCAGGACACUUGGCGUCCCCACAGUCUGCUCCAGGAAACCUGGAAGUCUCCAAAGGAAGUGAAAGCAAAGGUAACAUGGCAGGAGGCAGCAGGGAGAACAGCACUGUUGACUUCAGCAAGGUUGAUAUGAACUUCAUGAAGAAAAUCCCCCCUGGAGCUGAAGCCUCAAAUGUUCUGGUGGGAGAGGUGGACUUUCUGGAGAGGCCCAUUAUUGCCUUCAUCCGACUCUCACCUGCUGUCCUCCUGAACGGCUUGACGGAGGUGCCUGUCCCCACCAGGUUUUUGUUUUUGUUAUUGGGUCCAUCUGGCAAAGGAUCACAGUACCAUGAGAUUGGUAGAUCAAUUGCUACACUCAUGACAGAUGAGAUUUUCCAUGAUGUUGCUUACAAAGCAAAAGACAGAAACGACCUUUUGUCUGGAAUCGAUGAGUUUUUAGACCAGGUAACAGUUCUGCCGCCAGGAGAGUGGGAUCCUACGAUACGAAUUGAACCACCAAAGAGUGUUCCUUCACAGCAAAAAAGAAAAAUACCUGCCCUUCCAAAUGGCUCCACCCCAGCCAGUGAAUCGAUAAAGGAAGAGGAGCACCAUGCUUUACCUGAGCUCCAGAGGACAGGAAGGCUGUUUGGUGGUUUGGUGCUUGAUAUAAAGCGGAAAAAGCCCUUUUUCUUGAGUGACAUGAAGGAUGCGUUGAACCUGCAGUGCCUGGCCUCCAUCCUCUUCCUCUACUGUGCCUGUAUGUCUCCUGUUAUCACUUUCGGGGGGCUGUUGGGAGAAGCUACAAAAGGCAAUAUAAGUGCAAUAGAAUCCCUCUUCGGAGCCUCGUUGACAGGGGUUUCCUAUUCGUUAUUCGCUGGACAGCCCCUAACGAUAUUGGGAAGCACGGGACCAGUUCUGGUGUUUGAGAAAAUUUUAUUUAAAUUUUGCGUGGAUUAUGAACUUUCGUAUCUCUCUCUGCGCACCAGCAUUGGUCUGUGGACGGCAUUCCUCUGCAUUGUGCUGGUUGCCACAGACGCCAGUAGCCUAGUCUGCUACAUCACCAGAUUUACCGAAGAAGCCUUUGCUGCUCUUAUUUGUAUUAUAUUUAUUUACGAAGCACUAGAGAAACUCUUUAACUUGGGAGAGCUGUAUCCAGUCAACAUGCACAAUGACUUGGAUAACCUGACAUUUUACACAUGUCACUGUUCCAGACCUGCAAAUCUAAGUGCUGUAACGCUACAACAUUUGCAAAAUUCAAGCAUGACACCUGAAUCAAUUCAAUGGGAAGAUCUUGAUGUUCCAAUGUGCAAGGCGCUCCAUGGGGAGUUUGUCGGUCUGGCCUGCAAGGACCAACACCAUGGUCCAUAUAUUCCUGAUGUCCUCUUCUGGUCUGUCAUCUUGUUCUUCACUACCCUCUUCCUUUCCUCCUUCCUCAAGCAGUUCAAAACGAUGCGGUAUUUCCCAACCAAGGUGAGAUCAACCAUCAGUGACUUUGCUGUGUUUCUUACCAUAUUGAUUAUGGUAGUGGUGGACUAUCUGAUUGGAAUUCCUUCUCCAAAGCUUAAUGUUCCUGAUAGGUUUGAGCCCACAUCAAAGAACAGAGGCUGGCUGAUUGAUCCUCUGGGCACGAAUCCCUGGUGGACAUUGCUAGCUGCUGCCAUCCCUGCUCUGCUCUGCACUAUCCUCAUCUUCAUGGACCAACAGAUCACUGGUGUUAUUAUUAACAGGAAGGAGCACAAGCUAAAGAAAGGCUGUGGGUACCAUCUGGACCUGCUGUUGGUUGCUGUGAUGCUGGGGAUCUGCUCCAUCAUGGGGCUGCCCUGGUUUGUGGCGGCCACUGUCCUCUCUAUCAGUCACGUCAACAGUCUGAAGGUGGAGUCGGAAUGCUCUGCGCCGGGGGAGCAGCCCAAGUUCCUUGGAAUCCGUGAGCAGAGAAUUACGGGGUUCAUGAUAUUUGUCCUUAUGGGACUGUCUGUUUUUAUGACUUCUGUUUUGAAGUUUAUUCCUAUGCCAGUAUUGUACGGUGUCUUUCUCUACAUGGGCGCUUCUUCACUAAAGGGCAUCCAGUUUUUCGAUCGCAUAAAGUUGUUUGGCAUGCCAGCAAAGCACCAGCCUGACCUGAUUUACUUGAGAUACGUUCCACUUUGGAAGGUGCACGUCUUCACAAUCAUUCAGCUCACCUGCCUUGUUCUGCUGUGGGCCAUCAAAGCCUCCUCUGCUGCUGUUGUCUUUCCUAUGAUGGUCCUUGCUCUGGUGUUUAUCCGGAAACUCCUGGAUUUCUUCUUUACCAACCGGGAGCUGAGCUGGCUGGAUGACCUCAUGCCAGAGAGCAAGAAGAAGAAGGAGGAUGACAAGAAGAAAAAAGAGAAGGAGAAAAUGAAGAAUGGAGUUAGAGUACCAGGGGAAGCUGAGCGAAUGCUUGCUGUCGAUGACGGUGAAACUGUGCAGAUCCCUUUUGAGGGAGGAAACCUUUUAAAGAUUCCUGUUAAAAGCCUCAAGUGCAGCUCUGAUCCUUCAGUUGUAAACAUAUCUGAUGAAAUGGCCAAAACUGCUGUGUGGAAGGCUGUUGCCAUGCCUGCUGACAAUGCCAAAGCAAUGAAACCUAGCUCAAGCCCUGAGAAGACAGCGUGUAUUAAAAUCAACAUUGAAGAUGCACAGGGAGGGAAUUACGCUGAUUCCGAAACAUCCCUUUAGGGCUCUGAGGCACGAAACAUUUGUUUGAAAGCCGCUACUUGAACAGCAUCCUGGCCUCAAUUCCAAGUACAAAGGACCUGCUAAAGAGAAUUCAAGCCAAUGGCUUUUUUUGUUUUAAUUUUGUUUUAAUUUUAAAAGGCACCUUCCAACCUGAUGUUGGAAAUUAACUUCAACCUAGCUAAUCAAUUAGCUAAUCUGUACAAGAAAUCAAAACAAAACUGAACAAUAGAUGUGUUGUUACGGUUAAAUUUGUACAGUCAAAAUAUAUUUUAUAUAUAUAUAUUAUAUA